GGCAAAUUUAGCAUUGCAGCCCUGGUUCGGUCGCGAAGCUGAUGCAAUUUGAUUGCAGCUUUUAAGCAGACACAGUCUACGUUUAUUUACUUAAGACAGUAAGCGGAAGCAUUUAGUAUUCAAAAUGCCUACAGAACAGUUGGCUGAGCUAACAAUUGGUGCGCUUUUCACGUCGGAAAAGCGUGGCAGCGACGACUCCGGCGAUGGCAGCGAGUUGAAGCCCUACAAGACGAUUCUGCAGGCGAUGCGUCAUGCGGGCAAAGAACCCUUCCCCACAAUCUAUGUGGACAGCAAAGAUCCCAAGGCCAGCGAGCUUUACGAGCCGGCAGCCAAAUCUCAGCUGAAGAAGAUACAAAAGCUGUUUGUGCGUGAGGGACACAAGAAUGCCGAGAAGCAGCAACGCGAAGCGGAAGAUGCAGAGAAGCGUCAACAGAAUCUGGAGGAGGCGCGCAAAGUGAAGAUCGCCGAGGAUCCCAGCUGGCCAGUGGCAAAGCGCAUUCGCAUCCUCGAAGGUGCCGAGCAUCGCAACACGCGUGUCAAGCUCUAUGGUUGGGUGCAUCGCUUGCGUCGUCAGGGCAAAUCGCUGAUCUUCAUCACUCUUCGCGAUGGCACCGGAUUCUUGCAGUGUGUGCUCAAUGAUCUGUUGUGUCAGACCUACGAGGCGCUGACGCUGAGCACCGAGAGCACUGUGCUGCUCUAUGGCACCUUAAAGCUGGUGCCUGAGGGCAAAACAGCUCCUGGUGGCCAUGAAUUGCAUGUGGAUUACUGGGAACUGAUUGGUUUGGCGCCUCCAGGCGGUGCUGAUGCCAUUCUCAACGAGGAGGCGCAACCCGAUGUACAGCUGGACAAUAGGCACAUCAUGAUUCGUGGCGAGAACACCUCAAAGGUGCUGAAGAUGCGCUCGGUGGUCAUGCAGGCAUUCCGUGCCCAUUAUUUUGCGCGUGGCUACAAUGAGGUCACUCCUCCAACCUUGGUGCAAACCCAAGUCGAGGGCGGUUCGACGCUGUUUAAGCUGCAAUAUUUCGGCGAGGAAGCGUAUUUGACCCAGAGCUCGCAACUGUAUCUGGAGACUUGUUUGCCGGCGCUGGGCGAUGUCUUCACCAUUGCGCAGAGCUAUCGUGCAGAGCAGAGUCGCACUCGUCGCCAUUUGGCCGAAUACACGCACAUUGAGGCCGAGUUUCCGUUUGUCACAUUCGACGAAUUGUUGGAUCGUUUGGAGGAUCUGGUCACCGAUGUUGUGGAUCGUGUGUUGAAGUCACCAUACGGUUAUCUGGUUGGCGAACUCAAUCCCGACUUUAAGCCGCCCAAGAAGCCAUUCAGACGCAUGGCUUACACGGAUGCCAUCAAAUGGCUGAAGGAGAACAAUGUGACCAAGGAUGAUGGCACCUUCUACGAGUUUGGCGAGGAUAUUCCCGAGGCUCCCGAGCGCAAAAUGACUGAUACCAUCAACGAACCAAUUUUGCUGAUUAAAUUCCCAGCCGAGAUUAAGUCCUUCUACAUGUCACGCUGCGCCGAGGACAAUCGCCUCACUGAGAGCGUGGAUGUGCUGCUGCCAAAUGUGGGCGAGAUUGUGGGUGGCUCCAUGAGGAUCUUCGAUAGCGCCGAGCUGCUGAAGGGCUACGAACGCGAGGGCAUCGAUCCCAAGCCCUACUAUUGGUACACGGAUCAACGCAUCUAUGGCACGAUGCCACAUGGCGGAUACGGAUUGGGCUUGGAGCGCUUCCUCUGCUGGCUGCUCAAUCGCUAUCACAUUCGCGAGGUCUGCUUGUAUCCACGUUUCCUCGACAGAUGCAAGCCCUAAGCUGGAAAGCUUCUUUGUCUUUCCCCCUUUAAAUGCGGCAUUUAAAAAAGAAAAUACUAUGGCUUUGUUAUCACUAAUAUUACAUGUAUGUAAACUCAAAUAAACGCUUCAAGAUUCUGGAUCA